AUGACUGAACAAGUCAAGAAUGUCCGCGUCGUUUUGAUUGGGGUUGGAGGGGCGACAUGCUCCGGAAAGACUACUUUGGCGAAGCACCUGAACCGCAUUCUACCCGACAGUGUCAUUAUACACCAGGAUGUGUGUAUUCUUCGACUUUCUGUGACUUUGCGCCUGUGCGUUCUCGAAAACACAGUGUACCUCCCACUUCCCAAUCUGAUCACCCUCCUUGUGUGCCAUGAACAGCCCAUGGAACAAGUACCCAUUCACCCCAUCCAUAACGUUCAAGACUGGGAUGCACCAGCAGGGGCUAUUUCUUGGGAUCGUCUAAUCGACUCUCUCCAUGUCAUUAAAAGCACGGGCAAGUUACCGGAGGACCAUAGAAGCCACGACCAUCUCAAUCUCCAAAAGGAUAUUCCAGUCGACUCAGAGUCCGCCGAUAGGUGGAGAGAGAAAUUCAGACUGAUCCAGCAACGUGUGGUCGGAGAGAAGCACGAGAAGCUUGUGUUUGGAAUUUUGGAUGGAUUUUUGCUUUACUGGCAUCCGAAAGUCGUCGAGCAAUUAGAUGUGCGGAUUAUGCUCCGUGUUCCCCAUGACGUCCUCAAACAACGGAGGCAUGAGCGUCAUGGAUAUCAUACUGCUGCUCAAUCUGACCUUCUAGAAGGGGCCCUUUGGAGAGACCCGCCCGGUUAUUGGGAAGACAUCGUCUACCCGGCCUAUAUUGAAGCGCAUCGGGAAUUGUUCACGGAAGGAGAUGUAGAGCAUGGGCAGUUGACUGGGAAUAAGGUGGAAGGUUUGGUCAUGCUGGAGACGCUGAACAUGUCAAUGACAGAGGCUGUGGAACGAAGUUGCUCAACCAUCACAACCUUCCUAGAAGCCCAAUAUGCGUAG